UUGGAGGAAGCUGCUAAUAGGUUUCUGGAACUGCAGGCAGAGAAAGAACUGAGACAGCUUCAGGAGGACAGGAGGAAUGACAAGAAACCCCCUCCAUACAGACACAUCAAGGUCCUGCAACUGCCACACCUCUUGCCACAUAAAAUGUAUACAUUAAGUUAAAGUUUUGAGCUGUAGAAGUAUUAGAACAUCCCCUUGACAUCUUAAUUCCUCUGACAUCACUCUUCUAACCCUCAGGUGAAUAGGCCAAUCGGGAAGGUGCAGUUCAUCACGGCCGACCUAUCAGAGAUCCCGCGCUGUAACUGCAAGGCAUCGGACGAGAACCCGUGUGGCAUUGACUCUGAGUGUAUCAACCGCAUGCUGAUGUACGAGUGCCACCCCCAAGUGUGCCCAGCGGGGGAGAGCUGCCUUAACCAGGCCUUCACCAAGCGCCAGUACAGCCAGGUGGAGAUCUUCAGGACGCUGGCACGAGGCUGGGGCCUUCGCUGUGCCCACGACAUCAAGAAGGUAAAACAUGUCAACUAUAGAGUAAAUUAAGUAGAGAUCAAUGUGCCGCCAUGAAACUGUAUCCCCUGGGGCUAAAACUAUAUUUUCAAAAAGCUAUGGAAUUGAAAGGGGACUUUGUUUGAUUCCUCUUCAAUCCAGACAGAUUUCAGUCCCAGCAGACUUUUUUUCUAAAAAAUUUACACAAUAUUUUGGCUGUUAAAGGAAUCAUCGCCAUGUAAAGAUCAAGUAUAAUGACUUUUGAAAUGGUAAUCAGUGCUAUGUUAAUCUAAUCAUGAAACUAUAAAGAGACGAAGCCCUCUCAUCAAUAGCCAUCAUGGCUUUGAAAUAUUGAUUUGCACAAGUCUGUCUAUGAUCUUUACAUGUAAAUUACCCUUUCAAAAGUCAGUUAGGCCCAAGAGAGUUCUCAGAUGAAUCCAAGAGUCAAAUCCAAGAGUUCAAUCUUUGAGUAGUAGAAUGAUUAGCAGGGUUGAAAGUAGAUUUCAUUUCUUACCGGUACAGGACACCCAAGUAUACUACAAAAAUGACAGGGUAGCGUACACUGCUGACACUGACAAACAGAUCAAUAAAAACGAUGUUGUCUGAUCCAUUUAAUCGGCCUACGAAAAGGGGAGACACAAAUACACUAUGACAUCCAUCUAACCUGGAGGAGGAAAUGAUUGUCCAAAAACAAACAAAAGUAGCACUGACCCAAUGAUAAAGACAGUGAAUAUGCACACUCACCGGGGAUAUGGCUGAUGUUCUCCGCCGGUGCCAAUAAGAUAGGCUACUGUUCGAUCAAUUAAGUUAAGAAUUUUGAUAAAGACAGAUUGGAGUCUUUUCAUUGUCAUCUCUUUACAGCAAUAGCCAUUUGCUUUCCAAACAGCUUUUCCGCGAUUGUAUUUUUAAAUAUUGCGAUAUGCCUGGCUGGGUCUCUCUGACUUUCACUGACAUUCGCAACUCAACAAUCUAUUUGGUAUUUGCAGUGCGCGCUGCCCAAAUUGCGGGCCCUUCCGACUGUAGACUAUGUGAUUUAAAACAUUUAAGCUAAUGGUCAUCUGUGGCCAAAUCAUGCUUUCUGGUGUAGUAGCCUAUGUUGAAUGAUUUUAUUUAUUUCUGUAUAGACAGGAGUAAGCUAAUUAGGCUAUAUAAUGUCAAUUUAAUAAAAUGUACUUUAGGGAAACUUAGCUUCCCCUAGCCUUUUAAUGUGGCAUAAACACAACCAAUCAUGAUUUUUUCAGCUGAUUGUCAAACAGUCACUUAACAAAGGCACUCCUGUAGGCUACCCACGCACAUUGAAACUUGAAACAUUUGUCCACUCACCAAAUAAUUUCAGCAUCCAAACCCCAACAGUGCACUGUGCACCUGCAAUUUGAUGAAUGGAAAGAGACAUCAGUUACAAAACACCUACAGUACAUGUAUUGUAAUGACAUUCUGCGAUUGUCAUUAGGCCUACGCUUGUAGCCUGAAUUGAUGCAUCCACUGUAGUCCACGCGCGCCUCGGUCUCGGCCACUCAUCUCCGCAUCUCGGCCACUCAUCUCUGCCUUGACUAAAUGUAAGUGUUCUCCUCGAACCACAACGCAAUUUGGAGCAUAUACAGUCAAUUCGCGAAUUUGUCAUGCGGCUGACAUACAGUAAUGUUAAAUCAUGUUGUAAUAGCCUAUCGUUUUCUGGGACUGUUGUAUUAAUUGUGAUAGGCUCACAUUUUACCGUUACAGCGUACCCCCACUAUUUAUUUUGCCGGGGACGCCGUACCGGACCGUACCACCUUACUUUCACCCCUGAUGAUUAGUAUUAGAAUGAGUGUUCCACUGUAUCUCUCCUUCUGACUGUCAUGGUUGUGUGUUCUCAGGGGGAGUUUGUGAAUGAGUACGUAGGAGAGGUGAUCGAUGAGGAGGAGUGUCGGGCCAGGAUCAAACACGCCCAGGAUAACGACAUCUGUAACUUCUACAUGCUGACUCUGGACAAGGUGGGGUUCAGGAGUCAGGACUUAAAGGUCCAAUGCAGCUGUUUUUAUCGCAAUAUCAAAUCAUUUCUGGGUAACAUUUUAGUACCUUACUGUGAUUGUUUUCAAUUAAAAUUGUCAAAAGCAAACAAAAAUAGCUUCUUAGCAAAGAGCAAUUUCUCAAGCAAUAAUUUUGCUAGGACUGUCUGGAAUGGUCUUAGUGGGGAGGGGAAAACUGAAAACUAGCUGUUGGCAGAGAGGUUUGGAACUCUUUUUCUUAUUGGUCUAUUAACUAAUUUACCGCCUGGUGAUGUCAGCAGGCAGGCCAAAACUCCAUCCCACCAAAACAGGCUGAAAUUUCAGGCGGUCUUUUCAAACAGCUCUUAUACUAAAAGGGCAUAAUCAUCAUUUUCACAAUUUCACAGUAUUAUUCCAACCUCAUAGUGUGGAAAUAUACACAGUAUAAAACACAGGAAGAUCAAGUUUUUUGACUGCACUGGUCCUUUAAGUGUAGAGAGAUGCAUUCCCACAGGCAUCCUGCAGCCCCGACAGAGAGCAUUGCAGCGUGCUGCGGGCGGGAGCGGGUGGUCAGACAGACAAUUUUGGGAUGAAAAUAUUUUUGGGUCCUGCAGAUUAUUCCGAACAGUUUUCUUUCUAUUUUGUAUGUGUUAUCUAUUGUAUUAAAAACACCUCUUUGGCGCACUAUUCACAAACUGUCAUAGGAUAAUUUUUCUUAAAGUUCAGUAGCCUACCUCUCCUUUCUUGUGUUGGGCGGCGUGCAAAAUCAAAUGCGCCUAUUCGUGGUCUCAAUUAAAUAGUCUGUAGUGUAGGCUAUAUGCAUGGGUGGAGAAGCACGCACAGUUGUCUUUCCAUGAAAAUGUACUUCCAAAAUAUGGUAGGCUAUAGUUUUGGCUCCGACAUUGACUGGAAAUAAAUAUUGAUAACACAUUUAUUUGUGUCUGCCUGCAAAUUGUCCGGUCCUAUCAAAUAUAUGACAGAUUAUUUCAAAACGUUUGUCUUUGUUUUGUAGGCUAUUUGUUAUCUAUUGUAUUAAAAGCACCUCUGUUGCAAUAUUUACAAACUCUAAUAGCCUAAUUCUUGCUGAUUGACUGUACUUUCAGUGGCCUACAUUUCUUCUCUUUUGUUGGGCGUGCGAGAUCAAGUGUGCAUGUAUGUGUGGUCUCAAUUAAAUAGCCUGUAGACUAGACUAUAUUGGCGGAGAAGCACAGCACAGCACUGUAUAAGCAGGGGGAGGAGGGGGGGGGGUUCUACUAAGCUACAAGGAUCAUUUAGCUAUUUGAUUUAGAAUUUUAAGACGCCUUGAAGUAUCAAAAAAUAUAUAUAUACAAAUUAUUUGAUUUUUACUGCUAUUAGCCCAUACAAACGCAUUGAAUAACAGAUUCACUACAUGGAACAACAGAUAGUCCCCCAAAAAAAUCUAAAGGAAGUUUGUUCUGAAGUGUCUGUCCUAUAUCUAAGAGAUAUAAGAAAGAUCAGGAAACAUUAGUAAAAAACAAUGUGUUGUUAGUUUUUUAGUUUUUUAUUUAACCCCUUAUUUUUUACAUUAAACAGUCUCCAUAUAUACUGUACUGCCAUUAACUUUUUCAACUGGUACCGGGGGACCUUCAGACGAGUCUUGUGAGGGCUGUGGGCGUCCUAGAGCAAAACAACUGACAUGUACGUGUUUGUGAGAGUCUCAUAUUAGUGUGUAGCCCAAACUGUUUGGACUCUACAGACAAUUUUGUGAGAAGACAGAUUUUGGGGGUUUGUCUCAUGGUCUGAAAAACACUGCUCUAGCUCUGUCCCCUUUCACUGCAGAUGCGGAAGUGUGACAUUGGCAGAUGCGGUGGAUUGAGACGCAUCCAAUGCAAAAAAACAUAUCUCUAGCUUAAACUGACAGAUUUUUACGUUUUUAAAAUUUAUUUUGCUAAUUUGAUUUCCGCUGGGGCGCAGACAUCGACUCUAGGUCUCUAAAUUCCUAAAUAUGGUAGGCUAUAGGUUAGACUCCGACAUUGACUGGAAAUAAAUAUUGAUAACGCGUGUAUUUUACUCUGCUUGCAAAUCGUCACACUCCUAAAUGUAGCUCAAGUAGUCAAGUGUCCACUCUACUAAAUUUCGCCACAACUACUCUCUUUCAAACCACAUCUACACUAUUGGCUGAUGUCGCCCAAUAAUACUGAUUGCCUAAUAUAAUAAUGAUGUAGCUCAGUUGGUAGAGCAUGGCGUUUGCAAUGCCAGGGUUGUGGGUUUGAUUCCCACAGGGGGCCAGUAUGAAAAAUUAAAAAUUUAAAAAUAACUGUAAGUUGCUCUGGAUAAGAGCGUCUGCUAAAUUACUAAAAUGUAAAAUGUAAAUGAUAAUGGGCCACGUGAGAAUAUCUGGUAUUUUAACCUAUAGUUUUUUUUGCACAUUUUGAUUUCGACUAGGUUGGCAAAAUUGCUGGAACCGGGGCUGCAAAGCAAGUCGGUCACAUACACCUAAAAUAACAUUGCGGGACUGCAGAAGGGUUCGGGACCAGUUCUUGCGGGAGGGGUUGGGAGUCAGAAAAUAAGUCAGAAGUCUCUCAUGGGACUGUCUCUUGGCCUGAAGUUUUCUCUGUAAUCUUAUGACCUUUAACUAUGAUUUAUGUUACCAGCUACAGGAAGUUGUCAUGGGUUAUUAAAGCUGUAAUAUGUACAUUUUGGGGCGACCUGACAAAAUUCACAUAGAAAUGUGAGUUAUAGAUCUGUCAUUCUCAUUGAAAGCAAGUCUAAGAAGCAGUAUUCUAUGCUUCCCGUUCUUAAGUUUCAUUUUUGCGUGUUAUACUUUCGGGUUUGUACACCAGUUUCAAACAGCUGAAAAAAAAAUAUUUUUGGUUAUGGAAAAUAUAUUUCACAGUGGUUUAGAUGGUACAAUGAUUUUGUACACAAUGACUGCUUGUUUUGUCACAUAAACUGAAAUUUGGCGAACUAUUAGAAUUUUUGCAACCAGGAAAUGGCGGAGGGAUAUCUGCAUAUUGCACCUUUAAUGCUAUUGGUUGUUAUAAGUUAUUAUCACUACAAUUGACCAUUUCUUGGUUUCUUGUUUUAAGAUGAUUCUUUUGGUUUUCUGUAUUUCACCUCAGAAAAUUGCAUCUGCUUUGCAUGGUAAUACAAAGACACCCAAGCAGACAUGAUGAUUGAACAGUGUUGUCCAUUUCGGUGUGUUUGUCAGGAUCGGAUCAUCGACGCUGGUCCGAAGGGGAAUCAGGCCCGCUUCAUGAACCACAGCUGCCAGCCCAACUGUGAGACCCAGAAGUGGACGGUGAAUGGAGAUACACGUGUGGGGCUCUUCGCUCUCAUAGACGUCCCUGCAGGUGAGCGGAGAUUUGGCAUGAGGAGUUUGUGCUAUGUUAAAGCUUUGACUUUUGGCAACACUUUUCAUUACAUAGGCAUUGGCAGGAGAACUAUAAGGGUUGCAUUGUACCAGUUAAGGAAGAAAAGGAAGUUGCAUAAUAUUUACCAGGGCAAAGUAGUCCAUAGGCAGUAUAUUUACAGUACUAGUCUAUUACAAGGUAAUUACAUAGGUAAAUCCAAUCAGCAGUUAAUGUCCGUCUCUGCAUCACUUGUUGUGUAUACUGGUUUAUAUCUGUCCUCUAUGGGUCAUUCUGCCUGUCUCCAGGCACAGAGCUGACGUUCAACUACAAUCUGGAGUGUCUGGCCAAUGGGAAGACUGUGUGUAAAUGUGGAGCUCCAAACUGCAGCGGCUUCCUAGGAGUCCGGCCAAAGGUGAGAGGAGACACUGGAACAAGAUGUUGUUAUUGGGUUUGAUGACAUGAUCCACAGAAUGAAUAAGAUACAUCAUGAGAUAAUAGAAACAAUCUUGAUAGCUAUUUUAAAAUCUCUUUCCACAAAUCCAAGGGCACUUGAUACAGUAGUCAAAAUAGUAGUAGGCAAGGGGAAUGAGAUAUUUGAUUGACAGGGGCAUCUUCAGUUUGUGUGUCUUUGUCUCUAUUUACAUCUUGACUCUUCAUCCUUCCUCAGAACAACCCUCCAGCAGACGACAAGGGCCGCAAGCUGAAGAAAAAGGUCCAGGCUAAACGGAAGAACAAGAUGGAGGUGACCAAGGAGAGGGAGGACGAGUGCUUCAGUUGUGGGGACGGGGGACAGAUUGUGUCCUGUAAGAGACCAGGCUGUCCCAAGGUCUACCACGCAGACUGUCUCAACCUCACCAAAAGGCCUGCAGGUCAGUGGCCCAGUUAGGUUCCUGUCAGAGGAAAUGAUUGAGUUGUUAUCAUAGCUUGUAGUGGUUUGUUCUAUUUCCUCUUUGUUACUGUAGGUUUGUGUGAUUGGAGAAUUAUAUACAGUUGAAGUCGGAAGUUUACAUACACUUAGGUUGGAGUCAUUAAAACUCAUUUAGCUAUUUGAUUUUGAACUUUAGGUAUACCAAAAAAAUAUUGGAUACAAUAAUAGAAUUUGGCCUUUACUACUAUAGCCCAAAGAAACACAUUGAAUAUCACAUUCAUAAACGGUAAAAAAAAAAACAUUUUUGAAGUGUCUGUAGGAGAUAUAAGAAAGCUCAGGAAAUUAUAUAUAUAUAUAUAUAUACACACAUACAUAUACACACACAUAUAUAUACACACACACAUAUAUAUACACACACACACACAUAUAUAUACAUACAUACAUACAUAUAUACAGUUGAAGUCGGAAGUUUACAUACAUUUAGGUUGGAGUCAUUAAAACUUGUUUUUCAACCACUCCACAAAUUCAUUGUUAACAAACUAUAGUUUUGGCAAGUCGUUUAGGACAUCUACUUUGUGCAUGACACAAGUCAUUUUUCCAACAAUUGUUUACAGAUUAUUUCACUUAUAAUUCACUGUAUCACAAUUCCGGUGGGUCAGAAGUUCACAUACACUAUGUUGACUGUUCCUUUAAACAGCUUGGAAAAUUCCAGAAAAUGAUGUCAUGGCUUUAGAAGCUUCUGAUAGGCUAAUUGAUAUCAUUUGAGUCAAUUGGAGGUGUACCUGUGGAUGUAUUUCAAGGCCUACCUGCAAACUCAGUGCCUCUUUGCCUGACAUCAUGGGAAAAUCAAAAGAAAUCAGCCAAGACCUCAGAGAAAAAACUGUAGACCUCCACAAGUCUGGUUCAUCCUUGGGAGCAAUUUCCAAACGCCUGAAGGUACCACAUUCUUCUGUACAAACAAUAGUACGCAAGUAUAAACACCAUGGGACAACGCAGCCGUCAUACCGCUCAGGAAGGAGACGCGAAGAUGAACGUACUUUGGUGCGAAAAGUGCAAAUCAAUCCCAGAACAACAGCAAAGGACCUUGUGAAGAUGCUGGAGGAAACAGGUACAAAAGUAUCUAUAUCCACAGUAAAACAAGUCCUAUAUCGAUAUAACCUGAAAGGCUGCUCAGCAAGGAAGAAGCCACUGCUCCAAAACCAGACUACGGUUUGCAACUGCACAUGGGGACAAAGAUCGUACUUUUUGGAGAAAUGUCCUCUGGUCUGAUGAAACAAAAAUAUAAACUUCUGAUAACCAGGUGGCGAAUCGCAUCUCUGCAUGUCUGGCAGACAUAUCAGUAUGGAUGACGGAUCACCACCUCAAGCUGAACCUUGGCAAGACGGAGCUGCUCUUCCUCCCGGGGAAGGACUGCCCGUUCCAUGAUCUCGCCAUCACGGUUGACAACUCCGUUGUGUCCUCCUCCCAGAGUGCGAAGAGCCUUGGCGUGACCCUGGACAACACCCUGUCGUUCUCCGCUAACAUCAAGGCGGUGACCCGAUCCUGCAGGUUCAUGCUCUACAACAUUCGGAGAGUACGACCCUGCCUUACACAGGAAGCGGCACAGGUCCUAAUCCAGGCACUUGUCAUCUCCCGUCUGGAUUACUGCAACUUGCUGUUGGCUGGGCUCCCUGCCUGUGCCAUUAAACCCCUACAACUCAUCCAGAAUGCCGCAGCCCGUCUGGUGUUCAACCUUCCCAAGUUCUCUCACGUCACCCCGCUCCUCCGCACACUCCACUGGCUUCCAGUUGAAGCUCGCAUCUGUUACAAGACCAUGGUGCUUGCCUAUGGAGCUGUGAGGGGAACGGCACCUCCGUACCUUCAGGCUCUGAUCAGUCCCUACACCCAAACGAGGGCAUUGCGUUCAUCCACCUCUGGCCUGCUGGCCAGUCAAAACUGUUCGCUGCUCUGGCACCCCAAUGGUGGAACAAGCUCCCUCACGACGCCAGGACAGCGGAGUCACUCACCACCUUCCGGAGACAUUUGAAACCCCACCUCUUUAAGGAAUACCUGGGAUAGGAUAAAGUAAUCCUUCUACCCCCCCCCCCCCCCCCUAAAAAAAAAAAAAAUAAUAAUAAUAAUUGUAAAGUGGUUAUCCCACUGGCUAUAGGGUGAAUGCACCAAUUUGUAAGUCGCUCUGGAUAAGAGCGUCUGCUAAAUGACGUAAAUGUAAAUGUAAAUAACUGUUUGGCCAUAAUGACCAUCGUUAUGUUUGGAGGAAAAAGGGGGUCGCUUGCAAGCCAAAAGAACACCAUCCCAACUGUGAAGCACGGGGGUGGCAGCAUCAUGCUGUGCGGGUGCUUUGCUGCAGGAGGGACUAGUGCACUUCACAAAAUAGAUGGCAUCAUGAGGAAGGAAAAUGAUGUGGAUAUAUUGAAGCAACAUCUCAAAACAUCAGUCAGGAAGUUAAAGCUUGGUCGCAAAUGGGUCUUCCAAAUGGACAAUGACCCCAAGCAUACUUCCAAAGUUGUGGCAAAAUGGCUUAAGGACAACAAAGUCAAGGUAUUGGAGUGGCCAUCACAAAGCCCUGACCUCAAUCCUAUAGAACAUUUGUGGGUAGAACUGAAAAAGCGUGUGCGAGCAAGUAGGCCUACAAACCUGACUCAGUUACACCAGCUCUGUCAGGAGGAAUGGGCCAAAAUUCACCCAACUUAUUGUGGGAAGCUUGUGGAAGGCUACCCGAAACAAUUUAAAGGUAAUGUUACCAAAUACUAAUUGAGUGUAUGUAAACUUCUGACCCACUGGGAAUGUGAUGAAAUAAAUACAAGCUGAAAUAAAUAAUUAUCUCUACUAUUAUUCUGACAUUUCACAUUCUUAAAAUAAAGUGGUGAUCCUAACUGACCUAAAACAGGGAAUUACUACUAGGAUUAAAUGUCAGGAAUUGUGAAAAACUGUUUAAAUGUAUUUGGCUAAGGUGUAUGUAAACUUCCGACUUCAACUGUACCUGACGUAUUUCAUGCAUUUUCACUGUUCGACGUCUGUCAGAACACUGGUUAGCAGUCUCAGUGUGCUGAUUACUUUUCUGUUACUGCUGAUGCAGAGUUGUGUCUGACUGCCUCUGUCUGAGAUACUGUGUCUGACUGCCUUCUCUGUGCUGCAGGUCGGUGGGAGUGCCCGUGGCACCAGUGUGACCUGUGUGGUAAGGAGGCGGCCUCCUUCUGUGAGAUGUGUCCCAGCUCGUACUGCACACUGCACCGCGACGGCAUGCUCUUCAUCUCCAAGCUGGACGGACGGCUGUCCUGCAGCGAACACGACCCCUGUGGACCAGACCCCCUGGAGCCAGGGGAGAUCAGGGAACACCUACCCGACACUGGGGCUAUCUCACCAGGCCUGGGGGCUAGUGUUGUACCCCCUCCUGCUGCUGACGUGGCUGGUGCUGCGGCUACAGUCACUACAAGGGGGACAGGGGACCCCCAACCUAUCCCUGGCCCUGAGUCUUUCUCCCCUCUCCCCAUCUCUGGUCCCAUCUCUGGCCCCAUCAGCACCCCUCUACCCAGCUCUGAGGCCAUCGAUAGCUCUCACCUAUUCCUUCCCCAAUACUCACCCAUCUCUUCCUACGGAGAUGAGAAAGAAGAAAUUGAGGAUCCUUUUGGUAAUGAAGAGGGGGAUGGAGAGGGGAUUGAGGGAGAGUUGGAGGAUGGAGAGAUGGAAGGCUUAAAGUUGAAAGAUGAAGAGGAUGAGGAAGAGGAGGAGAAAGAAGAAGAGGAGGGGGAGGAAGAAGAAGAGGAGGGUGAGGAAGAAGAGGAAGAAGAGGAAGAGGAAGAAGAGGAGUAA